AGCUGCGCGCCAUUUGCACCGUUAUUACCGCGCAUGUGUUGGCAGCACUGGGCCGUUUCCUCCAAGCCGCCGUCCGACGCCAUUACCACGCCAUCGGACAAGCUGUCACUAGUGCGUCUUUAUCAAAAAUAUAUUUUGAAGUGUAGAAAACACUGGAAGUUUUGUGUUGAUAAUUUCAAAAAACAUAUAAAUCUCAAAAUGUCUGACGAGAAAAAGGGGGAGAGCGAACACAUCAACUUGAAAGUCUUAGGUCAAGAUAAUGCCAUUGUCCAAUUCAAAAUAAAGAAACACACACCUCUCAGGAAACUGAUGAAUGCCUAUUGUGACAGAGCUGGUCUAUCAAUGCAAGUUGUUCGAUUCAGAUUUGAUGGUCAACCUAUCAAUGAAAAUGAUACACCAACAUCAUUGGAAAUGGAAGAAGGAGAUACAAUAGAAGUUUAUCAGCAACAGACGGGAGGGGUGUCUUUAGUGUAAAUUUAAGUAAUAAGGAACUGUCCAUGUCCCAUGCAUGGGUGAUGAUGUUCAUGCUCUGUCUAACAUUAAGUUAAUUUUAAUGCUGCACAUUCUUGUAAAACUUUUGAGUUGCACAGCUCAGCCCAGCUAUGUGUAGUGCGCCUCAAAAGUUUUGUUAGGUAUUUUGGAAGGCGAACCAAAUGACUAGGUAACUUCAACUGGUAAUUCCAUUGUGAUAAUUUUUGCUGACUACAUUCAGAAGCCAUGAAGCCAGUGUUUUUAAUUGGAGCGUCCCAAAUAUUUAUUGGACUAGCGUCUAAAUAAAUUUAAUGUACCAACUAUGUCUUUAAUAAAGUAAAUGUAAUACUU